AUGGGGGAAAAGAACGGCGGCAGCAGCAGCCGCAGCAGCAGCAGAAGCAACAACAGGAAUAACAGCGCGAGAAGCCGGAGCAGCUUUUCCCCCGCUACCAGCAUGGCCAGCCGGUUCCGCAGCUACCUCCGCACUGUCCUCUCCGUCGUAGCAAUCUCGAUCAUCGGCUUGCACCUCUCACGCGGAAGCUUCGUGCAUGGCUACAGUCUCCCACGGGCGGCUGCGAAUAAACUGGUGCCGCUCGAGGCACACAUCAUAAGCAAAUGCCCCGACACAAAGGCUGCCCUUCACCUUCUCAUCCUCCCCGUCAUGAAACGCGUUCAUCACAUGGUCGACUUUAAGCUCAACUACAUUGGAAAGCCCGCGGCCGGUGGUCGCGUCACGUGCAAACACGGCCAAGAUGAGUGCAAGGGAAACAUCAUCGAGCUCUGCGCCCGCGAACUCUACCCCGACCCCUUGAUCAAUCUCGAGUUCAUCAAUUGCCUCAGCCAGGACUUCAUGCGGAUCCCCCAGGACGCCCUCGUCGAGAGAUGCGCGGUAGAGCACGGCAUCGACGUUGCUCGCCUCAAAAACUGCGCGAUAGGCAACGGAGGCGCCCACGGGCUCGAGCUCCUGCGGGAGAGCGUCAAGCGGACGGCCGAGACCUGGGGCAUAUUUUGUGUUUUUUUACGCCGGUGCUGA